AUGGGCCAUCUGAAAAUCAUGGAUCAAAAGCAUUUCUUCUUGCAUUUUAGUCUAAAAACUGGAUUCUUAAAGUGGAAACCCGAUUAUGACAGUGCAGCUACCGAAUAUGGGAAGGCAGCUGUUGCUUUUAAGAAUGCCAAGCAGUUUGACCAGGCAAGGGAAGCCUGUUUACGGGAAGCUGAGGCACAUGAAAACAAUAAAGCUCUCUUCCAUGCUGCCAAAGCUUAUGAACAAGCUGGCAUGAUGCUAAAGGAGAUGCAGAGACUACCUGAAGCAGUUCAGCUGAUCGAGAAAGCCAGUAUGAUGUACCUGGAGAACGGGACACCAGAUACAGCAGCUAUUGCACUGGAACGGGCUGGAAAGUUAAUAGAAAAUGUGAGCCCAGAGAAGGCUGUGCAGCUGUAUCAGCAAGCAGCAUCAGUGUUUGAAAAUGAAGAACGUUUACGGCAAGCGUUAGAAAUGCUAGGGAAGGCAUCAAGACUUCUAGUCAGAGGACGCAGAUUAGAUGAGGCUGCACUGUCUCUUCAAAAGGAAAAAAGUAUUUAUAAGGAAAUUGAAAAUUACCCAACAUGCUAUAAGAAAACUAUUGCUCAAGUCUUAGUUCAUCUUCACAGAAAUGAUUAUGUUGCUGCAGAAAGAUGUGUGAGGGAAAGCUAUAGUAUACCAGGAUUUAAUGGAAGUGAAGACUGUGCAGCACUAGAGCAACUUUUAGAAGGAUAUGAUCAGCAAGAUCAGGAUCAAGUUUCUGAAGUCUGUAAUUUGCCACUCUUCAAAUACAUGGACAAUGAUUAUGCCAAGCUUGGUCUUACCUUGGUGGUCCCAGGAGGUGGAAUCAAGAAGAAAUCUCCAAACUCUGCACAAGACAAAGCAAGAGGACCAGCUGCAGUGGGCUCUCAUGCCGAUGAGGAAGAGGAUGAAUAUUCUGGUGGAUUAUGCUAGCUGCAGACAUAGGUUAUCUUAAAUAUUUGACUUAUUUGUGAUGUUGAGCGUAUCCAAAGGUACCAGAUUUACCAGAGCUUCAUUGCAAUUGUGAUACGGGAAUGCUAAUAUUAACUUGGCAGCUUCUGGGUACAAUACAGGAGAAAAAGCAUGAUUGUACUUAUCGAAACAUCUGUGGACUUCAUUUCUUACCUGGUAGGAGCUUCUUCAGGGCCCUGCCUUCAGUUGAUGGGAAAAAUAUGAGAGAAUUUUUUUACAAAAAGCACAGUUUAAAAGAAAACAAAACCUUAGAAGCACUGGAGUAGGGAGAGUGGUACAAAAUUUGAAAUGCUGGAUUUCAACAGCUGAUGCUUUUUGGUCCCGGUAAUAUGUUUGUGAUUUGUUUUCUGAGUUAAAUAUAUGACCAUUCAUUUGACUGUUUAACAUCAUUCAAGGCACUGUUCCAGGCAGGAUUUUUCACUAGUAUAAGCACUAGGGGGAGCAUUCCAUAAGCACUAGGGGGAGCAUUCCAUUUAUUAUCAAUGUGUUUUUACUCCACUGCAGAGUAUUAUUUUAAUACCUUAUUCUUUGCGUGCUGUAUCCCUGUGAGUGUGUAAAAUACUAAGUCAACUCGUUUGAAGCUACCUUGCAAGCUUAAAAGUACACACACAUCUUUCAUCUUAAGAACUUUAUUGACCUGAAGUCUUUGGAAAAAAAUAUGUACAUAGUGUUUGUAAUGUAUACCUUGAGAAUGGAAGGAGUGGACAACCUUUCUUAGUGGUGUUUCUGAAGCAUGCCAUAACCAAAAAAGAAACUGAAGGUAGCAGAUAAUGUGUAUUGAAUAUAAAGCUCUGAAGACAAUGCUCAACAAAAACUUGGGUGGACUGUUUCAAUGCUAUGUGUGAGUUCACGAGUAUUCUAGGUGUUUAUUUACUAAUCAAUACUCUAGGCUACAAUGACAUUUCAUUCUUUGUUAUUUUCAAAGCAUAGAACAGCUCUCUCUUACAAACGGCAUUUUCAAACUAGCUCAGAAUCCAAAGUAACCAAAUUAUAAUGCAUCUUCUCUAUUUGAUUCAAGUCAUGCGUUUUGCAAGCUUCUGUAGUGUCUUAAAUUUGUUUGACCAUUUUAUGUUUAAAAGUUGACAACACUGGAAGUUGUACCUGUGGUCUGUUUCUUCAGAAGAACCUAAUCAUGAUCUGCACUAGGGUGAGAUCACUUGGAAUCCAGCAGGGAUUUGGGAAUAAUACAGGAUACCUGGAUUUCAGUAAACAAAAGCACAGUGUUAAAUGUUGGUACAGUUUCUGCCGUAUUAAGGAAUUGAAUGUCUUCAAAAAUAUCAAGUGUAUGUCUGACACAUAUUUGAUGUCUCAUAUCAGUGUGUCAGACGUAAUUGUGAUGAAGGUAAACUUUCAGAGGGCUAAUACUCACUUUCCUUGAAGUGGAUAGCACUCGACAGCAUUGUGAUGGGUGCACCAGCUACAGCAUGAUUUGCAGGCAAGGCUGCUAUAAAAGUCACACUAUUCACUUUAAUAGGUGUUCAAAAAGCAGUUUUGUCUCUUUGUGUUAUAUAAUGAGCAUCUUGGAUUUUAAAGCUAUUUGAGACUACACCUGUAGUUCUUUACUGCCUGACAGGUAAUUUCUCUUUGUUAUUAAUGACAUAUAUGGAAGUUUUUGUUCUUCUAUGAAUGAAACUUUGGAAAUUGAGUUGCUUUUCUCUAAUUACAAUUAUACAUGAAAGAUGGUUUUGAAGACUUUCCUGUUUUGUGACUUUCCUUCUUCUUUUUUUCACCAUUGGAGCAACAUGCUCCUGUUAACUCAGCUUCCACCUUCUGGAUUUGUUCAUAAAGGUGACUAUGCACUUUUUAUGGAAAGUCUUUAUCAGAAGU